AGACAAGCAUGUAUGGCUGCCACUUCCUGUUAUAAUGGGUUGUGUGCUCGCUUCUGGCUUUGCUCUUUAAAUACUUCUCUCUUUCUUUCUCUGUCUCUUUCCUUAUUUCUUUCUGUCUCUCUCUAUCUCUUUGUGUCUUUCUAUCUCUCUAUAUAUCUAUUAUUUUAUUUAACUCUCCCUCUCUUUCUCUCUCUCCCCCAUCCUCUUCAUUCUGUAUAACGAUAUACAGUUAUAUAUUUAUAUAUAUAUAUAUAUAUAUAUAUAUAUACACUCACAUUUAUACAUACAUACAUACAUACACAUAGAAAACAGAUAUUUAUAUCUAUAUAGAUAUAAAUAUAUAUAUAUACAUACUUAGAAAAUAUAUUAAUUUAAAUCAAUGUAUAUGUAUGUACACAUAUACAGAUAAAUAUAUGGUAUGUAUAUACUCUUUGAAUGUUCAUGUACCCGCGGUUAAAUUGGGCUAAAGCAAAAACAAUACAAAACAAAGCAAAGCAAAACAAGGAAGAUGAAGUAGAAGAAAAAGAAUAAUAAGAAAGAAAGGAAGAAAAAAAGGUGGGGGUUAUACCGACAGAGUGGUAAGAAAAAGAAGAAAGGAAGAAAAAAGAAAGAAAAGGAGAACAGAAAGAAGAAAUAAGUAAAAAAAGAAAAAAAGGACAUACAAAAAGGAAAAGUAAAAAAAAGGAAAAAAAAAAAAAAAGACCCGCCGCCGUAGUGGUUUUUGGUUGUAGGAGUUUUCUGAGAGAACAAUGCCAAGACAGAAGAGACGUAGCCAGGCUGAGAUGCUCAUGGAGGAGGUGAGCGUUCUGAUGCGGCGCGAUUCCGAGACUGAGGAAGAACAUGAAAAUCGAAUCGCACAGUAUCAAAGGUCAAAAGAAGACAACAAAGAGACUGAAGAGCGAAAGAGAACCUUCUCUGACCGACAAAAAUCCUUGGAAGAGAAGAAAGCUCAGCAGCUGAAAGAGGAAGCUGAGAGAAACAAAGUUGAAGAAGAGAGGCGAAUCAAAAGAGAGGCAAAACGAAAAGAAAAGAAGGAUCGUGAAAGACGAGAGUCUAUGCAGUUUCAAAAAAUUGAGGAACAGAGAAAUGAAGUCAGUUACUAUGGACCUAACUUUUCAGUACAUCCUGCAUUAACUAGCCCAAAUCUUCAUCCAUCCAGAACAAGCAAUUUAUCUGUUUUAUCAGAUAAAGCCAGUAUGAAGCCUUCGCCGAUUAUGAAGCCAGAUUAUGAUGUCUUUUCUGAAGGAAUGACUCCAGAACGCAUUAUCGGUGCCACUGACGAGUUAGGUGAGCUCUGCUUCCUUGUGAAGUGGAAAGAUACCGACGAAGCCGAUUUCGUUCCAGCCAAGAAAGCCAAACUGCACUGUCCCCAGUUAGUGAUCAGAUUCUACGAAGGUAUCAUCGCUUGGAAAUAAAUUAAAAGAGAAAGGGGAAAACAAAAAAUGUAUAAAAA